GACCACCUGAGGCUUGAUCCGUCCAUNUUUUUGGGUAGCUUGUUCCUAAUGGGCUGGGCUUCAGCCCAUCCUUAAGCCCCAAUCCUUUUCCUUUUCUUAUCUUUCCUCAAUCUCGGUACGGGAGUCUAUGACUAUCUCCAGUAAUCUGAUCACUUAACUUGAUCUAAUUACUGACCUCUGCUUUCUAUUCUUUUACAUUAUUACUUUUAUCAACUUAUACAACUCGGAACGGACCACCUGAGGCUUGAUCCGUCCAUGUGAAGGACCUAUGAAGAUGGAGAGGUCCACUGAGGCCAAAUCCGUCCAUGUGAAGGACCUAUGAAGAUGGAGCGGUCCACUGGAGGCCAAACCCGUCCAUGUGAAGGACCUAUGAAGAUGGAGCGGUCCACUGGAGGCCAAAUCCUUCCAUGUGAAGGACCUAUGAAGAUGGAGCGGUCCACUAGAGGCCAAAUCCGUCCAUGUGAAGGACCCAUGAAGAUGGAGCGGUCCACUGGAGGCCAAAUCCGUCCAUGUGAAGGACCUAUGAAGAUGGAGCGGUCCACUGGAGGCCAAAUCCGUCCAUGUGAAGGACCUAUGAAGAUGGAGCGGUCCACUGGAGGCCAAAUCUGUCCAUGUGAAGGACCUAUGAAGAUGGAGCGGUCCACUGGAGGCCAAAUCCGUCCUUGAUGAUGUAAUUACUACUCCCUUCUAAAAUGAUCUUCCCAAUUUAGUUUAUGAGGUUUGACUAAAAUUAUUUUCAAUUC